GAAGAAGAGCUUCUGGCGUCGCCUCUUGGUAGUUGUAGUUCCAUUAAACGAGAUCGCUUCCGUGUAGCCUACGUUUAGGUGGAGGAAUCCGCUCAGCAAAGACAAAUCACAUGUGAACUAAUUGAACAGGGUUGGGUGAAUUUAUGGAAACAUGUCAAAGAAACGGGGCAGGAAGCGCAGCAGUGGAGAGCUGAGUGAAAGCUCAGCAUCGACCCUGAGCCCGGACCCGGAUAACCUCCUGGGCCGCAGGAUUCAGCACACUUGGAGGGAAAAGGGCAAUGUGACCAAGUGGAAAGGCACCGUCCUGGAGCGCCUCACUGUCAACAGCUCCCUCUACAUGGUGAAAUACGACGGCUUUGACUGCGUUUACGGCAUCGAGCUCUUCAAAGACAACCGGGUGUCCAACCUGCAGGUUUUGGCAGAGAAAGUUGUAAACAAUAAGAUCAAGGUGCCUCCGGGGGCCGAGGAGCUCGUGGGUCGAGCUGUGGAGCAUCUGUUCGAGAAGGAGGAUGGGGAGAAAAACGAGUGGCGGGGCAUGGUGCUGUCCCGAGCCCCCAUCAUGACCCACUGGUAUUACAUCACCUACGAGAAGGACCCGGUGUUGUACAUGUACCAGCUGUGGGACGACUACAAGGACGGAGACCUCCGGGUGCUGCCGGAGUCAGAGAACAAACACCUGCUGCCGGCAGACAGGAAGCCGGGCGAGGAGCCAGAGAGCCUUGUGGGUAAACAGGUGGAGUACGUCACAGAUAAUGGGCUGAAGAGGACGGGCCUGGUCAUCUACCAGGUGCCGGCGAAGCCCACCGUCUAUUACAUCAAAUAUGACGACGACGUCCACAUUCACGUCUACGACCUGGUGAAGACCACCUAGGAUCAGACUGUCUCCGUUUCAUCUUCUGCUCAUCUGCUUCUGUUCGCUGCGGCCGGUCGUUACCUGUUCAAGUGUUAAAAGACGGAAGUUUUUCAGUAGCAAGAGGAGAAAUGUCCAACAUCAAGAGACCCAAGAUUAUUUCUUCUUCUUCUUCUUCUGUCUACCUGCUUUACUCUGGCAUUACAACACUUCUCACUUUUUUAAAAUGUUCAUUAUCAAGUUUAAAGUAAUAUAUAACAACUACAACAUUUUCAGUGUAUAAAAAAUAAAAAGUCACGUCUGAGACCAACAAAAGAAACGGAGUUUAAAUCAUACAACUAAACUCUGGUCUCAACCUUAAUAGUAAAAUCAAACAAAGAGAAGCUCAUUUUCCUGCUUUUCUCCAUCUGUGAUUUACGCUGAUUUCGUUUCACAUAUUUAUUUUCCUGUGGUGCAUCUUGCCGUGCUGUUGGUACCAAAACAAGAACUUGGCUGUGCUUUAUGUCACUGAGUCAGCCUCAGUUUGUUCAAUAUUGGAGUAAUUAUUCUUUCAACUAUUGUGCCCAUUUUCUACAUCCCAGUGAGCUCCGCUUUCCGUUGAAGUUUGGCGGCAUUUAUGAGACCGUGUCUCACAUUGUGAAUAGAAAACGGUGAUCUUAAAAAAAACAAAAAAAAACUGUAUCAUAUCUCUGUUUAGUUUCAUCAUGUAAACUGAAUGUUUUCUACACUAUGAUCUUGUAUCGGAAAUACUGGUGUUCAUGUGGGGCUGUUUCAAACUGUCUGUGCUGCACACUAUCUAGUUGGAUUUGGCUACUUACAUUGCUUAGUAUUUUUAACUCCCGUCUUUAUCAUUUGCCAAACACAAGAAAGAAAUACUACUCAAUGUGACCCUGACUCCGUCUUUGUUCUGUAAAUAUAAUUAAACAUUUUGUAUGAA